AUGGAAAAGAGUAUAGAAUCAAUUUCUUCCUCUACUUUAAAUAUUUUAGAUAAUAAAAAUUAUAAAAAAUGGGAUAAUGAAACAGUAUGCAAAUGGCUUUUAAAUAAUAUAAAAACAAUACAAAAAGUUUCAAUUGAAAUCUUUCAAGCAAAUGAAAUCAUUGGAAAAGAUUUAGAAUUUUUAACAGAUAAAAUAUUAUUAAAAAUGGGUGUUGGAAUUCGUGAUAUCUUAAAUUUUAAAUUUGAAUAUCAAAUUUUAAAAAAUUGUUAUAAUAAUAAUAAUAAUAAUAACCAUAUUACUAUUAAUAAUUUUAAUUAUAAUUUUAAUAAUUUCAAAAUAAAUAUAAAUAAAGAUUUAUUAAAAGUUGUUGUAAAUGCUCCAAUUAUUAAUAUUAAUGAAUAUCAAUAUAUUGAAACCAUUUCAAAAAAUAAAUUUUGUGAAAUUGAAAAAUAUAAAAAAAGUCAAACUAAAGUGAAUGAAUAUAUAAUUAUUAAAAAAAUUAUUAAAAAUUCAACAUUGAAUGAAGAAAAAUUAAUUAAUGAAAUUGAUACAAUUUAUUUACUUGAUCAUCCAAAUUUAAUUAAAAUAAUUGGAUAUUGUAAAGAUAAAAAUUAUUUUUAUAUUGGAAUGAAAUAUUAUGAAACAUUUAAAUUUAAACAAUCAAAUAUAUCAAAAUUUGGUAAAAAUUUUGAACAAGUUAUUAGAAAGAUUUCAUUUAAAAUUUUAAGUGCAAUCGAUUAUUUACAUUCAUUAGAACCACCAAUUAUUCAUGGAAAUAUUAAUGCAAAGAAUAUAUUAUUAGAUAAUGAAAAUAAUGAACCAAUUUUAAUAGAUUUUGGGCUAUCAUAUAAAUCAAUUGAUUUGUUAACAAAUCAAAAAACUCAAUUCAUAAGUCCAUGUUUUAUUACACCAGAAUAUUUUUAUAAAAAAACAAAAAAUAAAAUUAGUAAAGAAGCUGAUAUUUUUAGUUUUGGUUCAACAAUUUCAAAUAUGAUAAAAGGUGGAACCGAUUUCAAAGAGGAUGAAGAAGGAUUUGAAGAAUUGAAAAGAACGUUUGCAGGUGUUCUCACUAGUCGUGAUAAAGUAUCCUUUGAUUAUAGAUCAUUAUUCACUGAAAUCAAUAAAGAUGAACCAUGUUUUAGACCAAGUUCAAAAGAACUUUUAAAAUCAUUUUGGUUUGUUGAACCACCUCAACCAUCUUUUAAAACUUCGGAAAUUACAACAAAUCUUUUAAUUUAUUAUUUAAAAAAAUAUGGUUGUUAUAUAAUUCGAGAUGGUGUAGCUAUGGUUUCCCUUAAUUUCAAUGAAAACAUUUAUUCUACCUCAAGUAUUAUAGGUUCUGAAUUUUCACAUCAACCAAAAAUAAAUGAAAAACAUAAAUAUUUUAAAGAAAUUAAUCAAUUUUAUUCAAAAAUCUUAUCAGAAUCAUUUCAAGCAAAAAUUGGAUGGUAUUUAUUAAAUUUAAACAAUGAAUUUAAAGAUAAACCAUAUUUUAAAAAUAUAUUUUUAUCUUUUUCAACUUCUGAUAAACUUGAAAUCAAUUCUGUCGCUGAUCUUAAUUUAAAAUUAACAAUUUUUUUUUAUAACUCUAUUACUAUGAGUUUAAUUUAUCAAACAAUUUAUCAAAAACCUAAAAGUUUUAAAAUUGUUGAUUAUUUAUAA